CAACAAUGCGAACUGUACAACAACGCAUUCAACAGCUCGCAAGAUGAGAGAAACCCCUGGCCCUAUGCCAACGCUCCUUUCAACCAUUUCAGCAUGUCUAUUCGCGUUGUAAUCAGCGACUACCCGCAUCGGUCGAUUGCGCUUGUGACAGGCACUCAUGCCCUCAUAUUCCGACACAGCCCUUCAACCACCGACGCAGUACAGAAUGGCUCUUUCACUUCUAUCCAUCAUGUCACCUCCCGAAACUCAAUUGAUGGCGCAGGCUCUUCGCGAUGUAUAGUGGAAUUCGUGGACCGACAUGCAGCAGACUUGAGCGAUUAUCGGACACUGAGCCCAUUGGCAGUACAUGGAACAUUGGGAUUGAUCACGAUCAAUGAUGAUGUCUUCCUCUCAGUUGUUACAUCUUGCGCCAAGGUAGCAACGGUUAGACCUGGCGAAACAGUGGAGAGAAUACAAGGGGUGGAAUUCUACUGCUUGAACAGCUCCGACUACGAUCAUAUCUUCAGCGACAACAUUGAUCCAUAUUCGCAGGAGGCGCAAUACUGGGAUGGGGGUGGAUAUACACGUCGGGAACCAUUGAUGGAACACCCGACUACGGAACUGCGAAAACUCCUGGGAAGUGGCAGCUUUUACUAUAGUACUGACUUUGAUCUUACCAAUAGGCUGCAGGAUCGGUAACAUUCAUUUUCCCAUGGUAGAAGCUACAACUAAUUCUCCCAGAUCUACGGACGCCUCUGUUUUCGAUAUAGCCAAUCUUGACGAAUCUUUUCUAUGGAAUUCAUACAUGAUUGACCCUCUUGUGAAGUUUAGAUCCAGGUUGGUAGCGCACGAGAGGGAUGCAUUGGACAAAUCUCGGAUUCUCACGUCCGCCAUUCGUGGAUUCGUUCUCACAAUUGCCAUUCCAGCCUCUUCUGCGCCAUUGCGAAAUUCCAAAGUCGGUCUUCCAUCUACACUUACCUUGAUAUCCCGGCUCUCGUGCCGCAGAGCUGGAACAAGAUUCAAUAGCCGCGGAAUAGAUGACGAUGGCAACGUGGCGAACUUUGUAGAAUCAGAGACGAUAUACUGGAGUCCCACUGCUGUCGGACAAUCAGAUCAAGCCGCAAAUGAAAAGCCUGCCGGUAUUUGCUUCUCAUAUGCCCAGAUUAGGGGUUCGGUUCCAGCAUUUUGGGAGCAGGCUGCGGGUCUACUCCCGGGACAGCAAAAGAUUACCAUGACAAGAUCAGCCGAAGGAACACAACCCGCUUUUGAUAAGCAUUUUGGAGAGUUGGAACGAAAUUAUGGUGCCGUCCACGUUGUAAAUCUUCUAAGCGAAACCAAACCCGGCGAAGCAGAACUGACAAGGGCAUACAUGUCGGGAAUCAACCAUUCUCCACUCAACCACCCAGGUGAAAAGGAUUAUCAAGAUCACAAACUUCUCGGGGAGACAAGAUUUGACUUUCACGCUGAAACAAAAGGGCCCAAUGGGUAUGAAGCAGCUAGCCUGAUUCGAAGAUACAUUGAGAACACUGCUGAUGGGUUUGCCUACUAUCUAUCUGAAGACGUGGAGGACCCAGCAGAAGAUGCUCUCGAGAAACGACAUAUCAGAACUGUUGUUGUCUUACAACAAGAAGGUGUAUUCCGGACGAACUGUUUGGAUUGCCUCGAUAGAACGAAUCUGAUACAGACCAUCAUCUCACAGAUGGCCGUCGAGUCCUUCUUGAAUCACCGAGGGGAGCGUGCUGCCUCGGAUUUCUGGAUGCGUCAUUCGAGUCUAUGGGCGGAUAACGGGGACGCGCUAUCCAGAAUUUAUGCAGGAACAGGUGCUUUGAAGUCCUCUUUCACACGCCAUGGCAAAAUGUCACUGGCAGGGGCAAUUGCAGAUGCCCGAAAGAGUGCAACUCGGCUAUACAUCAACAAUUUUGCUGAUAAGGGUCGUCAAAAUACUAUUGAUGUUCUGCUUGGGAGAUUGGUUGGACAGGCGCCGGUUCAUUUAUUUGAUCCCAUCAACGACUAUGUGACAGCUGAGUUGUCGAAACGUGCCUCCGAGUAUCAAUCAACAGAGAAUAUUAACAUGUGAGCCGAGACUCUGGAAUCUUUAUAAUGAGCACUACUAACAGGCUGUCAGAUGGUGUGGAUCAUUCAACCUGAAUGGGCGGACCACCGGAAUAGAUCAAGACCUAUCGUCGUGGCUGUGUCCCGAUCUUGAUCUUUCUCAACAACAACCGGAAAUCGUAGCUGUCGGAUUCCAAGAGAUUGUUGAACUUAACCCUCAGCAGAUUAUGAAUAGCGAUCCCACCAGAAAACAAGCUUGGGAAAAGGUCAUCAGACGGACUCUGAACAAGCAUGCUGGCAAGGCCAGUGGUGAGAGAUAUGUGCUUCUACGGAGCGGCCAACUUGUUGGAGCGGCGCUUUGCAUUUUCGUCAAGUCUUCCAUACUGCACAAUAUCAAGAAUGUUGAAGGCAGUGUCAAGAAAACGGGAAUGUCCGGAAUGGCUGGUAACAAAGGUGCUGUUGCAAUUAGGAUGGACUAUGCCAAAACUCAACUGUGCUUCGUCACUGCACAUUUAGCAGCGGGCUUCUCAAACUACGAAGAGCGGAAUCGUGAUUAUGUCACUAUUCAUAACGGCCUGAGAUUCCAGAGAAACCGAGGCAUCGAUCACCAUGAUACUGUUAUUUGGAUGGGCGAUUUUAACUAUCGAAUUGGUCUUGGCUCUGAACGGGUCAAACAAUUGGUCAAAGAUGGUGAUCUAGAGACACUCUACGAAAAUGAUCAGCUCAAUCUUCAGAUGGUCGCUGGUCUUACAUUUCCAUAUUAUUCUGAAUCGAGAAUCACUUUUGAUCCAACCUACAAAUACGAUCUUGGGUCUGAUACCUACGACACAUCGGAAAAGGCAAGAAUUCCUGCUUGGACCGAUCGAAUUCUUCGAAAGGGAACAAAUCUACGUCAAAUCAACUAUAACACAGCACCUCUUCGCUUUUCGGACCAUCGCCCAAUAUACGCUACUUUCCAAUGCACCGUAAGCAUAAUUAAUGAAGAACAUCGAGAAUCCUUGAGUAGAUCAAUUUACGAAAAGAGGCGUGCGGAAGUCGGCAAUCCAACAAUCAAUGAUGCAAGUGAUGACAGCGAUGAUGAGGAUUUGAUUGGAUAUGAUCCAAUUGAACCCGGUCUACCUCCAGCCAGCUCUGAUAGGGGAAAGUGGUGGUUGGACAAUGGACAACCUGCAAGAUCAAUCAUACAACCACCACAGCCAGGACUCAUUCCAAAUCCAGAUCGACCUUCGAAUCCAUAUACUCCAACAGACGAGCCCGACUGGGUAAAGGUUCCUCGAGUACAACCACCAAGGAAAGCCAGUAAAGAUGCCGCACCACCACCGCCAACUCCUCGACAACCAACAAGUGGAACUCGAGUCCUUCCUCCCCCAUUUGUAAAUCCAAACUCUUCAGUCACAUCUUCAACCAGAACCAUGUCCAAUUCAUCUCUCAAAAACACGCCCCCACCACCACCUUCCACCCGUCGUCAAUCCACCUCCACCGCUUCUUCGUCAUCCAAAAAAGCACCACCACCCGUAGCCAAAAAACCCGUUCACCUUGCCUCACCCGCUUCCGCAAAUGUAUCUCCACAGAUGUCAAAUAUAGCCGCCUUUUCAUCGCAGCAAAGCCUACCUCCAACCCAACCAACUCGCUCCACGAAUGCCGACCAUACCGGGUUCGCUCCACCAACACGACGUACGACGGGUGGGAUUUCAAUGUCUGCUAGAAAAGAGAUUAAUAAUGGAAGUGCACCUCCACCUCCACAAUCUCGUCGACCAGGCAGAGCUACCAAGUAUGAGAUGGAAGAUGAUGGACCGCGUCCUAGUCUUCCGCCGAGGAGACCGACGACUGAUUUACUGGAUGGGGAUGGCGAUGAACUUGGAGGGUGGACGGCUUUGAAACCUAAUUAGAAAUUUGAAUGGUUCUCACCCUUUUUUUUCAAUUAGAGGAAAACUAUUUUCUUGUUUGGUAUGGGAAAAAGCGUGCGAGCGUGCAUGCGUGCUUUCAUUGAUAGAAUGUGGGGGAUGAUGAUGGUACGGUAAAGGAAGGGGAGAGAAAUGAUCCGUUAAUAGGGAAACAGAACAGAACAGAAUAGUACAUGAGACCCCCUUGGCUGGGGAAAAAGCUACCUUUUUAAUGAUUGAUGGGGUUGAAUGAAUGAAUAAACCAGGGGCUUAUAAAUAGACCUUUCUUUCUUUUGAGAUAUGUGCUUGGCUUGCUUGCUUUACUUACUUGACG